AUGCCUCCGAAGACUACCUCUUAUGAUCCGGACGCUGAAUCUUCGGACCCAGAGACACCACGCAGCUUGCUUCUCAAACCCCUUCACCUGGUCACCCCCUGGUGCCUGCAAUGUUUUUGUACUUCACUUCGCAACUGGGACUACGGUCUGCCCUUUGAGCCGGAUUGCUGGUCUGACACUGUUGUAUCCAAGCUAUGCAGUCGUUGUAGUUCAACCCACGGCAAACGUGACUCGAUUUACCGGGGCAUUCGGGGCCAUGUUUUCGAGUUGAUGGCCUUGCUUGAGUUCGUAAAGCAAUACUGGGUCAACAACCAUGAUGGAUUUGGUAAACCAGACAUUGCAGAUUUUGUGUGGCUAGAACCGUUUAUCCGCAGUAUUCCCACUGCAGUCCAUGACCUCUGUCUUGCAUUUGAUAACCUGGCCGAGGCGCAUGGCAAGGCUCAUUUGUUGAUAGGAACUAAUGGUGCCAAAGCUGCCUACUCUGCCUGGUGCAAUGCCAGAGAGCAUGCAAUCUAUCCCCACAGACUGAUUCCUGAAAACCUGCAUCAGAAGUAUGCCUUGUAUGCCACAGAGCAUCUCCGUCUCAGAUUGGGGGAAGAAACACAAAUCCACUGGGCCGCCGCGCUCUAUGCCUUCCAUGAUACUGUUGAAGAGACUAUUAGGAACCAUUACACUAACCAGAGCGAUGAAGAUGGCACAGACACCGAUUUAUUAAAUGUGUUGAUCGAUUUCCAGGAAGGAUUCCCUCUGCAGCUUCUGGAGCUUUAA